AUGGAGUCAUCUCAAGAAAGCCAAAAUGAAAAAAGAAGCCAGAACACAAAGGAAUCAUUUGAGGAGACCAAGAGGAAACUGGGAAAAGCUGUAGAUGAACUUAAGAAUAUGAAAAAGGAAGGCAAAGAUCAAAAUGAUCCUAUACUCAAAGAAACUGAGGAUCAGGUCAGUUUUUUAUUGGGUGUCGCAAAGGGAGCUUGGGCCAAUAAAGGUCAAACUUUGAAAGAUCUGAUGGAGAAUAUUUAUAGUAAUCUUAAUACUUUGGAAAGCUCUUCAUUCCCACCAGAGAACAUUUCAGCUGAGGAUGUUCUGAAAAGCGCAUCUGGAGGUUUGUGUCUCCAAGGUGUUUACAAAACUGGGAAUUUGGAAGACCUGCUAGAAAAGAGACAGCAGCUCAUUGAGAUCCCUGAAUCUUUCUCACUCUGUGGGCCUGAGCAGAGUGAAGUGUAUGAACAGGGAGAGUUUUCUUCACAGAAAUCCCAGUCAGAUUUUCAAAAGACCAUGGAAAGACUGGGCUUCAGUUUUACUAGCUUCAGUUCUGAAAAUACAACAAAGGUAAAGAGUUCUAUGGAAGAGGAAAUGUCCAAUGAACAGACAUCUCAGCAGUCUCACAUAAGUUGCAUGGCAUACAACUACAUGCCUGUGGCUUCCAGCUUCUUUGAGAAAGAGAAAUUGAAACUGUUUGAUGGAGCCAUUCAGGAACUAAAAUCAAUUGAAACAAUCCUUUUAAAUUCAAAUGAUCAAGAAGUGCUCACACGCAGAGUUGUAAAUUUUUUUAAAAGCUUUGGCUCACAUGUGAAUCAGGGCCCUAUACAUUUUGGGGGAGUAUUCUGGUGGAGAGCAUCUGCUGAAGGCUUUGAAACUAGUGAACUUCCAGAGGUAAAAAGCUUAACAUCAGAUGCCCUAAAUGUAUAUAUUGGUGCUCUAUGUAGCGGUCUUUCACUGAACUUCUCAGCUGGAGAUACAACAACAUCUACACAGCUGAAAGGUGCUCUUCAAAGAAAUUACAAUGAAGCCAUCAUGAGUCAAGUAUGCUUAUCAAUACAAAAGACUGGUGGUCCAGCUCAUAUUGAUGACCACUUUCAGUGGAAAUCACAUUUUGUCACCAGCAGAAAAACCUGGAGUGUAAUUGACAGGGGAACCACCUUUGUUCCAGUUUGGGAGAUAAUAAUGGAAGCUCACAGUGAUGUCUUCCAAGAUGCAUGCAGAUUAGCAAUUUGUUUAAAGAAGAUAUUCUGUGAUGUUACCAAUCAAACUGUGGACCAGACGUGGUGGGAAAUCAUUCAGCCUGCUAAUGAAAGCGUUAAGAGUUGGACAAACUCCCAAAGUGAAAUUCAUCUGAUGGACUUGUUAGAUUACAGAAACAACUUAAGAAAUAAAACGGGAUCCGAUGACACUUGGGUUAAAACAUGCCUCUCACAUCCAACACUUCAAGAUUUUUUGUUGGCGAUUGUUACAAAAAACAAAGAUGUACAGGCUGUAAACCUUAGAAUUUUUAUGCGUGCCCUUCUAGAACCUCACAAUAUAGUGGAAAACUUUUCAAGAAAAAGUGAAAUAAUCGAGUGGUCAUUUCAGUCCGAGGAAACUAUAAGCCCAUACAAGCCAGUGUCAGAAAUUCAUGAACUCAUUAUGAUCCUUAAACAAACUAAGGAAGAACUAGAAGGACAAUGUGCCAUCAGUUCUAACGAACAACGUGCAUCCAAGCUGAAAGCCACAUGUACUAUUACCCACUCACUGAACACUUUUUGUAAGACCAAACCGGACGGGCAUCAGAGUGAAGCUGAACUCUUGUUUUUGUCCAUUAUUAAAGCCUCGGGAUACAGCUGUGAGAAUAAGGCAUUUAAUCAUGUUCUGGAUGGGAAAGAAAUCAACUUCUUGCAAAAUAUGAUAGAAAUUUACUCAGAUUUAAUCAAUUUAUUGAAAAAACUUGGCCUCAGUAAUCUAUUUUCCAAGAAGAUUAAACUGAAUGAUAUUCUUGUUAUAGACUGUUUGUCUCUGUGCUCAAAUGAACCAGAUACAGUGGAAUACCUGCAGAGGCAAUAUCUGUAUAAGGUCAUGAUUUUAGAUUACAAUGUCAGAUAUCUCUCUUUUAAACCAAUAGCAACUGGAUCACUUCCAGAAGAUGAUGGCAAAAUCGUUGUUGAUGAUUUUGAUGAUUUGCUCAAUACAGAAGAAGAACCACCAAGACAAGCAGAAGUGGCAGACAGGUACUCACACAUCCAUCCCAUGGAUAUCCACAUGGCGAUCUUCCACUGUGCCAAUGACUUUCUAAGACAGUACAUUUACACAAAACUCUCUGCCUGCCAGUUUGCACUACCUUUCUUAGUUCCCAAACCAUGUACAGAAGACCUGGAGUUCCCUCUUUGGCCACUACGGCACAUCAAAAAAUCAUGGAAAAGUAUGACAAGCACAGACAACCCUGGAAAAUACCAAACCAGACAAAUGUUUAACACACCAGUGCCAGUUGUCUCUUUCUUAAGGUUGGGAGGCUCUUUGACCUCCAAAUCUCAAAUUCUGAAUUCUGUCAUUAGCAAACAGAAACACAAUGUGUUUUUCAAUCGGCAUUGUAAAGGCAGUGCUCCAAGCAGCGUGCUUAUGAAUGGGGUUGUUGAGAUCGCCUGGUACUGUCCAGGAGGAAAAAAAGACAUAUUUGAUGACUGUGUUGCGUUUCUAAACCUUCAUGGUGAUGCAAAAGACCAUCAACAGCAACUUCAAUUUCUGCAGGCAGUAAGUACAGUGAAUGUGGUUCUACUGUCCGAACAGCCACAGCCUGAAGAAACAAAAACAAUUUGUCAAAAUCUCUCUAAGUUUUCUACCCCAUUGAUCUGCCUAUUUUCUGGAAGUGAAAGGGUUCCGGCUUCAAAAAAUCCACUCGUAGUGAAACUAGCUGCCAAGAACAGGAAUGAAGCAGAGUUAACAGAGGAACUCAGAACCAAUAUCAAGCAAUGCAUUGGAAAAUAUAACAAGAAACAGAGCAUUGAAGACUGUUCUAAUGAAGCAAGAAAACUAAAGUUCAAAGUAGACGAAGACAAGCAGUCAUUCAAAGAUGGACUUGCACUGGCGCAGACUUUAGUUUGUCUGUUGAAGGAAAAACGCAUUUCAGAUAUCAAAAAGGAGUUUUUGCCUCUCCAUGGUGAACUGUGGCAUAAGUGGUGCUUGAAAAAUAAGCAGCAGUAUCGCCUGAGCUGCACGCCUAAUGAAACCCUUGAACAACAAAAAAGUAUGAUUUUAAGUGACAUGGAAGCCACACGUAAACAACAGAGGGAAAUAGCUUCAUCACACAAUGAUUUCAUGAGAUCAUUCUUGGACUGUUUAACAUCAAGUGAUCAUUCAGAAGAUACAAAAUUCUACAUGCUGCAAUGGCUCAGAGAUUUACUCGAUGAGUUAUCUUCUGACCACCUUGCAAGACUUGAAGAGAAUUACUACUCAACUUGGUCCAAAAUGAGAAACAUCCCCAAAACUAAGGAGAAAGCAGAAGAACUUGAUAUACUCAGUAAACAGCUUAAUUCCAUAUCUGAAAAGAUGGCUGCGAGUACAAUUGGAUUACAGCACAUUAUAAGAGAGGUCGGUCAGAUGUAUGAAUGUUCUGUUAAACAGUCUGUUGGUGCUCUCCCUGCACUUGGAGCUGAAAUGCUAAUUUCAGGAUACCCCCUAGAGUUGAUGGAUGGGGAUGAAUCACAUGUACCACUUAUUUGGGUACAAGCUGUCCUGCAGAGUCUCAUUGAUAAGCUUGGGGACAAAAAGGUGUAUGUGCUGUCUAUCUUGGGACUUCAAAGCUCAGGUAAAUCAACCUUGCUGAAUACUAUGUUUGGCCUUCAGUUCACUGUAAGUGCAGGGAGGUGUACGCGCGGUGCUUUUAUGCAGAUGAUAAAGGUGGACGAGAAAAUCAGAGAUGAGCUUGGCUUUGAUUUUUUACUGGUUGUUGACACCGAAGGUCUUCGCUCUCCAGAGCUCAGCACUAAAACAUCACUGAAUCAUGAUAAUGAACUUGCCACGUUCAUCAUUGGAAUUGGUGACAUGACUGUCAUCAACAUCAUGGGAGUAAAUCCAUCAGAGAUGCAUGAGAUCCUACAGAUUUGUGUGCAGGCUUUCUUAAGGAUGAAACGGGUUGAAAUCAAACCAAGCUGCAUAUUUGUGCACCAGAAUGUAGCAGAAGCAUCAGCUGGUGAUAAAAACAUGGAGGGGAGGAGGCGCCUUCAGGAGAAGUUGGAUGAAAUGGCUCAGACUGCAGCUAAAGGGGAGGGCAUUGACGAUGUUUACAGCUUCAGUGAUGUAAUACAGUUUGAUUUGGAAUCUCAAGUGUUUUACUUUAAAAGUCUCCUGGAGGGGGAUCCACCUAUGGCCCCCCCAAAUCCAUCCUACAGCCAAAAUGUUCAGGACCUGAAAACUAAGCUGCUUUCCGUGGCAACAUGGCGGAAUAGUUAUCGAUUUCCAUCGCUCUCAGAAUUCAGCGUGAGAGUUCAUGACCUCUGGAAUGCACUUUUGCAGGAAAAUUUUGUUUUCAGCUUCAGAAAUACAUUGGAAAUUAAGGUGUACAGCAGCCUGGAAGAGAAGUAUGCUCAGUGGUCAUGGAAGUUAAGGAAAUGUUCUUUGGAAACACAGACCAAGUUGGAAAACCAAAUUGGAAGCAACAACAUUUCGGAUGUCAAUACCACAGAUCUGAUUUCUGCCUUUCAUGAUGUUUAUACUGGAUUAAAAAGGGAGAUUGAGGCACAUUUCAAAGACGACAAACAUGCUGAAAUCCUUAUUAAAUGGAAAGGGAAUGUUGAAAACAGACUUGACACCCUGAAGAAGGAGCUCAUUGAAAAAACCCUAAAACAAUGCAAAAUGUUAAUUGAAAAUAAGAGAAGUAUGACAGAACUGGAGCAGAAAAAAUCACAUUAUGAAAAAAAUCUAAUGCAAAAAAGCAAAACCAUGGCAACUUCUCUGAAGGACAAGAGGCUCACUGAUAAACAAGUGGAAGAAGAAUUCAGUUCACUCUGGGUUAAGUGGGUAGCUGAAAUAGCUAAUGAUCAGCUGCCUGAUGAGCCAGUGUACAUAAGAGCUAUAGUGGAGGCGAUUCUAUUGUCUCACUUCCAAAAACAGGCAGACAUCAUGAACAAAAUUAAAAAGAUAUCUGAAAAAAAAAAGUUAAAAUUUAAAAAGAAAAAACAUAUCAGCCAAGAGAGGACAUAUCAAAGUCUCAUAGGAAUAGAAUGGGCUAAAGAAAAAUGUGGAUUCGGAAUUCCCCAAGAAUCUGCUGAAAAACUGCAAAGCAAUGUGACUCACACGGUUGAGGCAUACAUUAGCAGAAAAGAAUGUGAACAAUCAGAUUUCAGUGAAAAUUUCAUCUAUGAAAUACUAGGUGAUGUUGAAAAGAAUAUUCAUGACUAUGAGCAGAGAGAAAAUGUGAAAUUUACAAAUGAAUACAGAGUUGACUUGUCAGUUUUUAUUUGCCUCAGUUCUGUCCAGAGGUUUCAAAAAAUGCACGAGUCAUUCAAGAAAGCUAAUGACCCGGUAACCUACCUGCAAAGUAAAAGAGAACAGUACUUACAGAUGUUCCUAAACUAUUGCAAAGGAGCCAACUCAGUGAGAAUUUUUGCUGAAUUUUUAUUCAAAAACAUUCUGCCUGCAGUUGAAGAGGCAAUUUACAAUAAAACUAAGGUGCAAAUUGCUGAUAAUAUGAAAUGCAACAACCCAGCAAUGAGUGGCAACAGAUGCAACCUUGAAAAUCAUAUACUGAGACAUCUUGCAAUUCAGGAGGAUUUUAAUUUAUAUGAAGAAUACCUUGACUACCCAGAUAAUUAUUUUAGAUUAUUUAUUUCAGAACAUGUGGAAAGAUUUUGCAAAGACCACAAAAAACUGCAAAAAAUGCUUCAUGGCAAUCUAGAAGAUAUAAAAAUCCUGAUUUUACGUAUCAGUGCAGAGGCAUCUGAGGAAGUGAACCUGAAGAACGGAAAUGCAUCCAUGUGGCUUGAUCAUUUGUGUGCAAAACUUGGGGGCCACAUGGUCAUAAACAGGGAGAGUCUGACAAGCAUUCAGGAUGAAGACAUUAGUGACACAAAGUUUCUGAAAGAUAUGAUGGCCAAGUGUCUUGAAGAAGUGGUUAAAAGUGAAAAUAUGGAAAACGUUCAUCCGUCCUCCAGACAUUUGUGGCGCUUAGAGAAGAAAGUGCAUGAUAUUUUGUGUAAACAGCUUGAAGGAUGUUGGGCUCAGUGCCCUUUCUGUAAGGCCACCUGCACAAACACAAUCAGCAACCAUUCUUGUAACCACAGUGUUCGAUUUCACCGGUUCGGUGCUCUUGGUAACCUCUAUUACCAUAACACAACAGAAUGUAUGAUUGAAUUCUGCUCAACCACAGUAAACAGUAAAGAUAAAUUUCUUUGUUCAACUAAUAAAAAGUGGAUCCCCUUUAAGUCCUACAGAGAUGCCGGUGACCCUUAUAAUAAGUGGAGCAUCACCGCAGAUGGGAGCACACAGGGUUACUGGAAAUGGUUUAUUUGCAGGUUUCAGAAGGAGUGGGAGGAGAAAUGUGGAUACAAAUUUAAAGGCAGAGGUGCAAUUCCUGACAGCUGGAGAGAAAUCACAAAGCAAUCAGUGCUGGAGGAAUUAAACAUAAGAGGCUAAAACUCCUGCAAUGAUGCAUAUGCAAGGGAAAUAUGACAAGGAAAUGUGUAGCAUUUUAAUUAUAGAUAUUGUA